AUGGAAGAAUCUGAACUCAAAAGACAAGAAUUGGAUCUUAAGAGAGACAAUGAAAUCAAUAGAAUCAUUACAACUUUUAAAUUAGAUCCAUAUGCUAUACUUCAAUUAGAUCAUGAUACAAAUUAUACUGCUAUUGAAAUUAAGAAAGUCUAUAGAUCCAAAUCACUAUUAAUACAUCCUGAUAAGACAUCUAAUCCUGAUGCUUCAAAAGCUUUUGAUUUGUUGAAAAAAGCUGAAUCUGAUAUAUCAAAUGAAGAAAUCAAAACAAAAUUAAACACGAUAUGGAGCAAAGCUAAAGAAGAUAUCGAACCAAUACAUAAAUCAAAUAAUAAAGAAAUAUAUAACUUAUUCAAAGACUUACUCAUACAAGAAGAGUUCCAAAAAAGAAUUAAAGUAAAACAAGAUUUACAAAAACAAGGUGAAUUAGAUCGAUUAAAAGAGGAAGAAUUAGAAUUAAAUAAAUUGAAAACUGAAUAUAAGAAACAAUGGGAGGCAAAUCAGGAUUCAAGAGUGAAAAAUUGGAGAUCUUAUGCUAAUAAAGUGGAAAAAAAGAAGAAGAAGAGUUCAAAUGGUAAAAAAAAGACAAAAGUUUUAGCAUGA